AUGCCAAGUUUCUCCGUGGCAUUGCUCUUCGCCACCUGCUGCUUCCUUUGGACGUUCUCUAACGUUGCUCUCGCCACUUCAAGCCAUGCAGGCAUCACAAGGCACUACAAUUUCCAUGUAAAGUUGAAAAACGUUACCAGGCUAUGCCACACAAAGAGCAUGGUAACGGUGAAUGGAAUGUUUCCAGGGCCUGGUGUUGUUGCCAGAGAAGGGGACAGGUUAUUGGUCAAGGUGGUCAAUCAUGUUGCAAACAAUAUCACCAUCCACUGGCACGGAGUGAGACAGCUGAGGAGUGGAUGGUCGGAUGGGCCGUCGUACAUAACUCAAUGUCCAAUUCAGACGGGGGAGAGCUAUGUGUAUAACUUCAGCAUUGUCGGCCAAAGAGGAACCUUGUUCUGGCAUGCUCACAUCUCCUGGUUAAGGGCAUCCCUCUAUGGUCCUCUCAUCAUUCUCCCUCGCCGUCACGAAUCCUAUCCUUUUCCCAAACCCUACAAGGAACUCACCAUCCUCUUCGGAGAGUGGUGGAAUGCGGAUCCAGAGACUGUUAUAUCACAAGCUCUUCAGACAGGUGCGGGCCCCAAUGUCUCCGAUGCCUACACCUUUAACGGCCUCCCUGGGCCCCUCUACAAUUGCCCUGCUAAUGACACGUUGAGGAUAAAAGUGAAAGCAGGAAAGACGUACCUGCUCCGACUGAUCAACGCUGCGAUCAACGACGAGCUCUUCUUCCGAAUAGCCGACCACAGCCUUACUGUGGUGGAAGCCGAUGCAACUUACGUCAAGCCCUUCACUUCCGACACCAUCCUCGUAGCACCCGGCCAGACCACAAACGUCCUUGUUCCCACAAAACCUUUCCACCCCAACGCCACUUUCUUCAUCCUAGCCAGGCCCUACUUCACUGGAACGGGCACUUUCGACAAUUCCACUGUCGCUGGCAUUCUUGAAUAUCAACACCAAAACCCAUCCAACACCAACAAUCUUCAUCUUCCCCUCUGGAAAACCGCCCUUCCUGCUAUCAACGACACUUCUUUCGUGGCCAAUCUCAGCACCAACUUUCGGAGCUUGAACAGUCCGAAGUACCCAGCCCACGUUCCCCAGAAGGUGGACAGGCACUUUCUCUUCACCGUGGGCCUUGGGAGUAGCCCGUGUCCGAGAAACCAAACCUGUCAGGGGCCCACUAACACAACCAAAUUUCAGGCUUCCGUGAAUAACAUAUCCUUCACCCUGCCUUCCGUGGCCAUCCUGCAGCAGCACUUCUUCGGGCUGGCCAAAAAUUACACCCCUGAUUUCCCGGCUUUCCCGCUCACUCCGUUUAACUAUACGGGCACUCCUCCUAAGAACACUGCCGUGAGCUACGGAACGAAGCUCCUGGUCAUAGCUUUUAAUACAAGCGUGGAGGUGGUAUUGCAGGACACUAGCAUUUUAGGAGCCGAGAGCCAUCCCUUGCAUCUUCAUGGGUACAAUUUUUACGUCGUGGGUCAAGGUUUUGGGAACUUCAACCCCGAGACAGAUCCACGAAAGUUUAAUCUUAUGGACCCUGUUGAGAGGAACACUGUUAGUGUGCCUUCUGGGGGUUGGGUCGCAAUACGCUUCUUGGCGGACAACCCGGGGGUGUGGUUGAUGCACUGCCACUUCGACGCGCACCUGAGUUGGGGAUUGAGGAUGGCUUGGAUUGUGGAAGAUGGGAAGCUCCCUGAUCAGAAGAUGCUUCCUCCGCCGCCCGAUCUUCCCAAGUGCUGAUUUCUAUGGUUUCUUUAUAUAUCCCCUGACAAACUUUCUUCAUCUCUUGCACUUCUUUUCUCUCCCUUUUUUGGUUUAGGUUAUGGGAUUUUGCCAUGGCUUCUUUUAUCUUCCCCCCCUUUCCCGAGCUGUUCAAUAAGAUUGAAGAAAUGACGAGAAUUGGUGUUCAA